UCCCUCUGUCGCUCUCCCUCUGUCAGUCCCUCUGACUGUGUGGAAUUUGGCAGGUCUCUCUCUCCUUCUCUCUCUCUCUUUCCCCGGUGACAGUGAGUGGUAGUGUGUGCUGCAUUGUUCUGUUGUUUGGAUCCGGAGGUAAAGUGCACAGGUGGUUCUGCGAGGGGCGGGAGCUGCAUCACUGUCCUGAUAUCCAGAUCUCGCGGCAUGCGGACCUGCACACGCUGGUGAUCACAGAGGCCUUCGAGGACGACACCGGACGCUACACCUGCGUGGCGUCCAAUUACCUGGGAGCCGACAACACCUCUGCAGAGGUCUACAUCGAAGGGGCCUCUUCCUCUGACUCAGAAGGAGAAAGUUCGGGGCAGAAGACCAAGCCAGGAGCCAUGCCACAGGUCCAGAAGAAGACCACCUCCGUUUCCCUGACGAUUCGCACUUCUUCGCCCAAGACCCCAGAGGCCGCGCCCCACCGAUCCACCCUCGUGCAGCCUCUCUCUGCACCCCCCCUGCGGGUGCAGAGUCCAAUGUCCUCUCUGCAGGGGGGAGAGGGCUCAUACAUAGCGCCCCCUGUCUUCACUAAGCCCCUGCACGACGUGCAGGCCUCGGAGGGCCAGGUGGUGGUUCUGGAGUGCCGGGUUCGAGGCAGCCCCCCCCUGCGGGUCCGCUGGUACCGACAGGGCCAAGAGGUCCAGGAUUCGCCCGACUUCCGCGUCCUGCAGAAAAAGCCUCGGUCAGCCGCUGAGCCAGAGGAGAUCUGCACACUGGUGAUCGCAGAGGCGUUUCCAGAAGAUGGCGGUCUGUUCAGCUGCACAGCCACCAACCAUUAUGGGACUGCCACCAGCACAGCCCAGCUGAACAUACACUCAGUGAAUGAGGACUUCAGCAGAAAUGGGGUGCUGUUUGAUGACUCCCAGGCCUUCCCCCCCCCACCUCCCCCAACAGAGAUCAGCCUGCUGGAGUUGCCCCCCAAGACAGAGCGUUUCCAUGUCAAUGAGCUGGAAAUCUGGCCCAGUGUGGUGCCAGCAUCGCCCGUCCAGACCGAACCCGAGGCCCUGGAGGUCUGCAGCAAUGGCCCGGCCGCCAGCCCCCCACCCCAGGAUCCCUCACCCCCCCCACCACCCGCUGGGGAGUCUCCACCCCUGUCCCCGCCUUCCCCCACGAGGAGUGGCCCACCACUGCCCACCAAACCCAAGCCCAAACUAUCUGAUGACAUAACUGAGAAAACGGUCAAUGACAGCAGUGCAGAUCAACUGAAGCAGCUGCAGGCUCAGAUCCUCCUGGAGCAGCAGGAACAGGAAGUCCCACCCCCUCCUCAGGAGCAGCAGCUGCAGCAGGAGGAAGUACCGCCCCCAUCUCCUCCUCUCCCCCCUCCACCAUCCUUCCAGGAGCUGGAGAACAGUGAGCAAGCUCCGCCCCCCACAAGCUCGCCCAGCACCAUGCAGACCGCCAGCACCUUCAACUACGCCCGUCCCAAGCAGUUUAUCGCUGCCCAGAGCCCUGCCGCCCCUGCUGGGGGGUACACCAGCCAGUCCUCGGGCUCCUCCGGCUCCGGGCUGCCCUCCCCCCUCUCGCCCCCCACCCCUCACAAGGCCUUCAGCAAAGUCACCUUGCCACCCUUCCAGCCAGCUCCGCCCAAAACCACCAAUCAGGAGUCUCCAGCGUCCCCGUCCUUCCCUCCCCCCCCCCCCAUUCCUCAGCCCCACCCUCUCCUCCCCCGCCCAGGACUUCCCCCUCCGCCCCCGCCCCCUCCCCCGCCUGCCCCCACCUGCCAGUCUGACCCCUUUGGCUCCGCCCCUCAGUCCCCUGCUGGCUUCCUGGUCUCCGUCCUGCCGCAGUCUCCGCCUCCACCUGUCAACGCGCUGGGCCUGCCCAAAGGCAAUGGGACUGUCGCAAUCACCCGCAAGCAAAGCCGCACGCCGCGCAUCGCCUCCGACUCAGAGAUCCAGGGCUCUAAAGACGCCGUCAUCCAGGACCUGGAGAGGAAGCUGCGCUUCAAAGAGGAGAGGAUCAGCAACGGCCAACAGAGGCUAACCUAUGAGGAGAAGAUGGCCCGCCGGCUGCUUGGGGCUGACAGCGCUGCCAGUGUGUUUAACAUGCAGGAGUCAGAGGAGGAGCCUGCCACCCAGGAGUACAAGGUGUCCAGCUUUGAGCAGCGUCUGAUCAGCGAGAUAGAGUUCCGUCUGGAGCGCUCGCCCGUUGAAGAGUCUGAUGAUGACGUCCAGCAUGACGAGGAUGCUCCUGGACAGCAGGUGGCGCCGCUCUUCUCUCAGAAGCUGAAGCACUUCAAGGUGUUCGAGGGCAUGCCUGUCACCUUCUCCUGCAAGGUCGUGGGGGACCCCAAGCCAAAGAUUUACUGGUUCAAAGACGGGAAGCAAAUCUCCAAGCGCAGCGAACAUUACCGUAUCAGCCGCCAGCCGGACGGGACCUGCUCCCUGCACACGGCCGCCGCCUCCAUCGACGACGACGGAAACUACACCGUCAUGGCCAGCAACCCCGAGGGAAGGACUAGUUGCACAGGGAGGAUGAUGGUUCAGGCAGUAAAUCAGAGAGGGAGAAGCCAGAGAUCCACGCCUGGACACAUCCGCAGGCCGCGCUCCCGCUCCAGAGACAGCGCUGAGGAGGACGGUAAUAUUCAGGAGCGCCACUUCCGCCCUCACUUCCUGCAGGCGCCGGGUGACUUAAUCGUGCAGGAGGGCCGGCUGUGCCGCAUGGACUGCAAGGUGAGUGGGCUGCCCACGCCAGACCUGAUCUGGCAGCUGAACGGGCAGACCAUCCGGCCUGACAGCGCCCACAAGAUGCUGGUGCGGGAGAACGGGGUGCACUCGCUGGUCAUCGAGCCCGUCACCUCCAGAGACGCCGGCGUGUACACCUGCAUCGCCAGCAACCGCGCCGGACACAACUCCUUCAGCCUGGAGCUCAUCGUAGCAGCCAAAGAGAUGCACAAGGCCCCGUCUUUCAUUGAGAAGCUCCAGAACACGGGCGUGGCCGAGGGGUACCCCAUUCGCCUGGAGUGCCGAGUGUCCGGGGUGCCCUACCCCCAAAUCUUCUGGAAGAAGGAGAACGAAUCCCUCACUCACAACACGGACAGAAUCAGCAUGCAUCAGGAUAACCACGGCUAUAUCUGCAUGAUCAUUCAGCCCGCCACUAAAGAGGACGCUGGCUGGUACACCGUCUCCGCCAAGAACGAGGCGGGCAUCGUGUCCAGCACCGCCCGGCUGGACGUGCACGCCCAGUGGCAGCAGUCCCACACCCCAAAGCCCAGGAAGGUGCGGCCGUCGGCCAGCCGCUACGCGGCCCUCACCGAGCGGGGCCUGGACGUCAAAGCCGCCUUCUUCCCCGACUACAGCCCCGCCCAGCAGCCCGGGGGAUUGGUGGAGAGUGAUGACCUGUAGAGACCAGCAGGGGGCCCCCUCACCCCCGCCCUGCCCAGCCCAACCCCCCGCUUCCCUCCCCUCCUGUCCCGCUCUCUUCUUCUCUCACGGGGGUUCAGUUCUCUUGCUUUAUCUGUCAGGAAAGGUGUGGAAUAAGCAGUGCUGGCACACAGACUCUGCUCUCCAAGAUGGACGACCAGAAGCCCUCGUCACAUGACCUGCCUGCCGUCUUGUACUGCCCAGCACAGCACAGCACAGCUCAGCCCUGCACAGCGUGUGUGUACUGGACACGCGUCCUGACGUCACUCUCUCAACAUGCCUCUGAAUCCCAGGUUUCUAUGCAUGCUGCUUAAAAUAAAGAAAGAGGGAAAAGGGGUGUUUUUAUAUGCUUCUGUGCCUGCAUCAGCUUCACUGCACCAUGCACGGGCUGCAGGAACUCAGGAGGAAGGUGAUGAUGAUGAUGAAGACCGUGGCUCCUGUCUUGCGUGUGUGUGUUGUGGGGGAGCACAGAACACUCCAGCUGUGUCUUUUAGUGUUUUUGGUAAAAACCAGGAGUGAUGUGGUUGCAGUGUAGUCAUGACGACACUGUCCCUUUUACAAUGUGGUUGUAGCACAAGUGCCUUUGACCUUUCUGAACACUGUGUAAGUUUUAUGGCUGAGGGAUUUCUUUUAUUUUUAAAAAUAAUAAAAAGUGUAAGUAGCGUCUAGUUUUGCAUGUUACCGAGGUGCCAUUUUAAUACUCCGCAGUCACAGCUGCAGAAGUGAUGUAUCUUAUCUAAGCUCUGAGGAUCUUUGCUUACUUCCCUAUAGGGAGGUACCACUAGGGGCGGGGGGGGGUCAGAUAAAUCUGCCAUAAUGUAUCCCCCAGUUGUGCUCUGCGUGCUGGGGGCCUGGGGGGGGCGGGGGGGACGGACACAGCAGCACGAGGCCGGCCCUUCUCAUUCGUGUUUGUCUCGUGGUCGCUCAGGAGAAGCAGAAGCAGGUGAAAACGGAAACGGAACGUUGCUGGAAUGGUGCGCGGUUUGGCAGUGGGGCGGCGUCGCCGCGGUAAGGAGAGAUUGACAGGCACGUGGACAGGAGGGUGAGGGUGAGGAAGCAGUGAGGUCAGCAGCCUUAAAUACCGCUGGUUAGCGUGACGCUAUCCGAAGCCAGCACCGGGCCUUUCACCAAAACGCCCUCUUACCAAACUAUCGGCAGUUAGCAGCCCGUCCAUGCGCAGGCCGUCCUGACUGGCUCUUUCAGACCCAUCCACAGCAGUCAGGCUGUAAGAAACAUCAGCGCUGGCCCAGAAUAAACACGCUCUCACCCACAGGUUAACAUGGGGCUGUGAACAGCCGUCACAUUUAAAACCAUCAGAAAUGCCAGCAGGCAGUUAGCCCCUGCAGCCAUGGCCUGGUCUGUGGGGCUGUGUGUCUGUGGGUCUGUGGGUCUGCAGCCAUGGCCUGGUCUGUGGGGCUGUGUGUCUGUGGAUCUGUGGGUCUGUGUGUCUGCAGCCAUGGCCUGGUCUGUGGGGUGUGUGUCUGCAGCCAUGACCUGGUCUGUGGGGCUGUGUGUCUGUGGGGUGUGUGUCUGCAGCCAUGGCCUGGUCUGUGGGGUGUGUGUCUGCAGCCAUGGCCUGGUCUGUGGGGCUGUGUGUCUGCAGCCAUGGCCUGGUCUGUGGGGCUGUGGGUCUGUGGGGUGUGUAUCUGCAGCCAUGGCCUGGUCUGUGGGGCUGUGGGUCUGUGGGGUGUGUCUGCAGAGGGAGCCGCUCAUUGGCAUGCCAGGGUAAACCACGCCCACAGGCUCAGCUGAAACCCUGGCGCUGUGUUCAGGAGAAAUGAGCAUGCUGCGGAGGGACUGCCACAGAGGAGGACGAUGAUGAAGAUUACGCCAACCAUAACGUUGUUCUGAUGUUUUAUUCCUUAGACUGAGGUCAGAUACGAGAUAUCGUUUCAAGGGUUCUUGUGUGGGUAUACCCCACUCUGUGGAAUGGGCGGGUUCUUGUGUGAGUGUACCCCACUCUGUGGAAUGGGGGCCCUUUAUUUUUGUAUGAGAGAAACACAGUUUAGCACAGCAUAUAUGUAAUUUAUAUUUUAUUCUCCUGCCUUUGUUGAUAACUUUCCAGAAACUAUCUUAGUUAAGCCUUUCCCUUCAUCUCUUUUUUCAAACAUUUUAAGCUGGUCUAUUUCAAAUAUGAUGCCUACCAGUAUCAGUUAUAUAAUGCCAUGACAGAUCAAACUGGCAUGUUUAUUAUUAUUAUUAUUAUUAUGAUGAUGAUUAUCUGUGCACUUGCUGUAUUCUUUGGUACUAUGGAGACCCCAACAUUAGCAUGACCUAAAGGAGUACAACGCUCAUCAGUCACUUAGUACUUAACCAACAGUUAUAUCUUUGUUCACAAAUCAUGUAUGUCAUUAAGUUCAUGUAUUUUUUUACAUACCAGUUUAACACAGCUUCUGCUAAUCUGUUAACCACCGUCUCCCUUCUGUCUGUUACCGAGCAACAUGGUCCAGCCAAAUACGGUCACUUAUUUUCACAUUUUAUUAUCACGCCUUCAUACGCCACUGACUGUGCCUGUGUAUGGACUGCUAAUGAUUUUAAGGUUUUAAUUACCGUAAUAAAAGGAGUCUCUGGAUGA